AUGUCAUCUCCGGCAAUUGGCGGUGGCAGCGGUUCCAUCGGCAGCGACGAGAAGCUUGAAAAAUGCCCAUUAUGCGAACGGCGUAUGCCAGCCUCGAAUCUUACCUCCCAUAUCCAAAAUGAACAUACCGGAGGUGGUGGGAUGUCGAUGACCCAGGCCCCACCGGCAUCGCCCACGUUGGAAUGCAAAUUCUGCCCAACAACGUUCAAAGAUCAAAUGGAACUGCAUCUUCAUCAAAUUAAUCAACAUACCGUCGAAUUGUUGCAACAAUCACAGCACACCGACACCGCAAAAAAAUCAUCUGAGACGCCCACAGCAGUGCUACGAUGUCGACGAUGUCAGUAUUCGACUCGUGACUCAAGGAACUUGGAGAUGCACGUGGAACGGCACGAACGAAUGAACGAAGCAACACGGGAAUCCGGUACUGACCUCACCAGCGACGCAGCUCUUCGAGCGACCACCGAAGCGGCUUUGAAGAUGAUGGUGGCUAAUCAGCUCGAUACGGAUACUGUGAAAUGCUCUUUGUGUGACGCCAGAUGUCCGGAUGAGGCUACUCUCGAGGCUCAUGCGGCCGUUGCUCACAAUGGUUUGAAUUUGACAGUUAGGAAGGAGAAGAAGGAGGAAAAUGAUGUCGAAACGGAAAAAAUCGCCAACGAGCGAAAUAGUCACACGAGCGGCUCAAUGUCACCGUCAGGCGAAUCGCUGCCUGAAGGCUUUGGCAAGCCGGACAGUGGAUCAUGCGAUGAGAAGCAUGUGAUGCAGUCGUUCGUACUGCGUUGUACAGCGGAUGCAUCGGGCGCAUUCCUGUCGGAGAUGAUCGCCCAUCUGCCCGUCCGAACGCUACUCUCACAACCGACGCGGGUCUCAUUCGAGUUGAGUCUUCCAGAGAUCUUUCGGCCCCUUAUCCUCCUCACCCCUUUCCCCGCCAAGGCGCGUGCAAUAGGGCUGUGUCCCUCCUACCUGAAACGAGUAUCUUCCCAGAAAUCCUCAUACUGA